CGGCGGCGGAGGAGAAAUUAGGUUUUGUGCUUGGAGCUUUGAAUGUGUAUUAGGCUAGCUGGAUGUCCAGGGGACACGCUGACUACUGUUAGCGUGGUCGCAGAUGGAGUUAGGGAGUUAGCCGAAGCAGCAUGCUGGUUAAAAAACAAAAGAUGAGCGGCUCACUAAGUUGUACCGGAGUUUGUCUUUCGGGAGCUAACUCCUCCAUAUUUCACCGAGCAGGGUUACAUUUCAGCUCGGGUCACCAGACACGGACACGACGCUACUUACUUACCGACUGAGCCUCGGUCCGGCCUCCAUUUCGUCUCCAUAUCGACAUUUUGGAACAAGUUUAAAGAUGUUUGUUAGACUCCGGGCCUGGACUGCUGGGCGCCGCGCUGGAAGCCAUGCAUUCUGGGAGAGUGACGUCACGCCCCGGGCUCAGGGGAACGCUGGCAAAAUGGGUUUUGGAGAACUUCUCUGAUGCACCCAUGACUCCCAAACAAAUCCUCCAUGUUAUCCAGACCAAGGGGCUGAAGGAAAUGCGGAGUGGUACAGCCCCAUUGGCCUGCCUGGUCACCAUGCUGCACUCCCAGGUGAGGGGAGACCGAGUCAAGAACAGCAUCUUCUUCAAGCUGCCUGGGCGGAUGAGCCUGUUCACUCUCAAGAAGAACGCCCUCCAGUGGACAAAGGCAACAUCAGAGUCUGAGACAUCAACAGAGCUGGCCAGCAACACGGGCCCCCCAGCCUCCAGCAGCAGCACCCCUUCAGCAGGAACGGCUGUGGCCCCAGUUGGCCCCUCUGAGGCCACGGAGCAGGAAAGCUGUGACUCAACUGAAACCACCGCCGCUGCCAGCGGAGACAAUGAUGCAUCGGUGGAUGAGAGCUCGUCCAGUGCCUCAUGCUCCACAGAAGUGCCGGCCCCCAGCAGCCAGCCCCAGACCCGCCUCAGCAGGGCAGCGGGACAACAAGGACGCAUAGACGCACAGCAGAGCCAACAUGCGCCACACGCCCAGACCAGACUGAGCCGCUCCAGACAGUCAGGGAGGCAGAGGAAGAAAGCAGUCAUGAUGCCUCGUGUUGUCCUCACCCCUCUUAAAGUGAAUGGAGAGCAUGUCCCCCAAGGGCCCAUAAGGAGGAGUCGGGGAGGGGUGGAUGUGGACUUUGAAACCCCAGGCUCCAUCCUGGUCAACACCAACAUCAGAGCCCUCAUCAAUGUGCGGACCUUCGCAGCCUUCCCCACACACUCGCAGCAGCAGCUGCUGCAGCUUCUGCCAGAGGUGGACCGACAGAUCGGACCAGAUGGUAUGGCCAGACUGAGUAGCUCUGCUCUCAACAAUGAGUUCUUCACCCAUGCCUCCCAGAGCUGGAAAGAGAGGCUGGCGGAGGGUGAGUUCACCCACGAGAUGCAAGUGCGUUUCCGGCAGGAAAUGGAGAAAGAGAAGAAGGUAGAGGCGUGGAAGGAAAAGUUUUUUGAAGAAUACCAUGGGCAAAAGUCUGGCCUGACACAAGAGGAGUCCCUAAAGCUUACCAUGUCUGAAGCCAGUGAAGUUGCAGCCAGUGUGCUUGACAGUGAUGUGGCUGUGGUGGCAACUGGUGCCCCCAAGAGACGCGGUGUUGGCCGGCGGAGGAGAGACGGCAGGAUGAGGAGACGCACGAGGGCUGACCUGCGUAGGAGGGCCCGCCGGACCCUCUGCAAGGCCACUCCUCCAGCCAUGCAGCCUGCAGAAGCAGCGGAGGCCAGAGCUGCACUGGACAUCCCGGCAGUUUCUGUUGGCUCUCCCAUGUCUGACAACACGGUCGUUCAAGAUGAGGUGGUGCUGCAGUCUGAGUGUGGCGUGGAGCUCCCAGCUGAGAGUGCCGGCGUAGAGCCAAAGCCCACUCCAGAGCCAGUCACGUUGCCAGCCUCCACUCCCACACCUACGCCCACUCCUACGCCCACUCCUACCACGCCCACGCCCACUCCCACUCCCACUCCCACUCCCACUCCCAGUCCCAGUCCUAGCCCAGCCUCCACCAGCGCUAAUGAAGAGCCUGAACCUGUGGCCCGCCUGCUCCCAGAGGAGGCUGCACCUGUACUGGCUUCCACCUCCUCACCUUCCUCUUCCUCCUCCUCUUCUUCUUCUUCCUCUGCCUCCUCACCUGUCUCCUCACCCUCCUCACCUUCUGAUAGGCAAGGAGCGUUUGCCGCAGGCCUGGACUCUUCUUCGUCCUCCUCAGCGUCCUCCAGUGCCGCAGUCGCUGCCGAUCCCUUGGAUGACACUGCGUCCGUGGUCACCUCCAUCACAGGGGGUACUGCCACCAGCAGCCGUGAGAGUAGCCCCUCAGCCAGCCCAACCACCACCCCCGUAUCCAGUGCUCAGCCCAAGGAGCAGAAGAGAAGGCCCGAUGAGGCUCAGGCCUUCUCCAGUUUCCCCGAAAAGAGGCCGCGGCUUGACGACCGUCAGUCCUUUCGUACCACAAUUGACAGUGUCCGUUCGGAGAAGCCGCAGCCGACAACCGAGGAGCCCAAGGUGCCGCCUAUCAGGAUUCAACUGUCCAGAAUCAAACCCCCCUGGGUCAAAGGCCACCCCACCUACCAGAUCUGCCCCCGCAUCGUGCCCCCCGGCGAGGGCUCGCGGCGGUCGGGGACGGGGGGCGCGCGCACCCUGGCGGACAUCAAAGCCCGUGCCCAGCAAGCCCGGGCCCAACGCGAGGCCGCUGCUGCUGUUGCAGCCACUGGCGAGGGGGCAGGGCCGGACGGGGUCAGGCUGCGGCCUGCUGCUGGGCUACCGGAUAGCAGCAAUGGACGACGAGCGCGAGAGCACCCAGGACCCAUCGAGCCCGGAGGAGGAGGAGGAGGAGGAGGAGGAAGAAGGAGAGGUGGAGGGAUGGAGGAGCAGGGAGCGUCUUCAGGCACUAAUUCGUCUGGAACACAACUACAGCUUCUCAAUGUAGAAGCCACGCCCCAACCAUCUCCUUCUCUGUCCACCACCUCAACCUCCAUGUCCUUUGAACCCCCACAGACCCCAAGCCCUCCUCGAGAAGAGGCAGCUGGGGAGCCAGAGGCUGAAGAAGAAGUAGAAGCAACAUCAGCCAGUGUCCAGAGCUCCUCGAAUGGGCUCACAGACAGGGCAGCCGACUUGCCCUCUCCAAAGCCUGAGGUGCCCGAGUCUGCUGCUGCCCCCGCAGAGAUGGCUGACAAGGUUUGUGAAAAGCCCUCACUAGCUCCAACCUCCAUCCCAGAUUCGGUUCCAAGGUUCGGGGCUCAGGGUGUGGAUGUUAUUCAGACGCUGGCCAGCUCCCGUCAGCCCAAAGAGCAGGUACAAGUGAAGGAGGCUGGACUAGGUGGCGUAAUCCAGCAUGGCUCCCACCACGUGGAACCCCAUGAGGUCUUAUCUGUCUCAGCGGCAGAGAGACGGAAAACGGACGCAUCCUCUCUCCAACAGGUGGACUCCUCUGGUGAAGAGAAAGACGACGAGGCUGGGACACAUAGCGACUCCACGGAAACGGCUUCAGACUGUGAGAAUGACAUCCAGGAGGAUGAGCAGCAGCAGCCUGACCACGGCUGGUGUCCCCAACUGAGCAUCCAGAGAAACGGCCAGCUGGUCAUCUGCAGCCCCCCUGUUCAGAACCAGCAGCCAGUCAUCCAGGCCCACGUGUCCAGCCGCCAGGGCCACACUGUCAUUCAGCCUUGCUUCCCCAACGGCAUGCUCCACCCUCAGCACCACCAGGACAGCAAGCCUCUCCCCAUAGCCCAUCCACAGGGGCUCAGGGACACCAACGUGGUGGUCAAAGUGGAGCCUGGGGAUGAUUGUAGAGUCUCCAGACAGAGCUCUCCUGAAGAAGAGUCUUGUGGAGGUUUAAAGCCUUCUGUCACUCCCCCCACUGCUGCAGCUGCCUCCAAGAGACUGGCCAGCUCGGCCAGACCAGUGUCCAGUGUGGAGGCCAACAACCCUUUGGUCACUCAGCUACUGCAGGGCAGCCUGCCCCUGGAGAAAGUUCUACCCCCCCACUCUGCCAACAGGCUGGAGAUCAGCCGAUUGCCAGGACCCCACCCCAGACCACCAGUGGCAAGGACCUCAGGGCUUCGCACCAGGCCUGAGGCCUCCGCCCAGUCUCCCAGCCCAGAACUGAUCCACAACAAGUCUCCAACAGGUUGCCCGGUCUCAUGUCUGAUGGAGGCCCCAGCUGCAUCGCAGUAUCAGUGUCAGCAGGCUCCCGGGGCUGUCCCGGUCAUCACUUCUCUGCCGCCCUCCUCAUCCUCCUCCAGAAGUAAGUCAGACCUUAGCCCCCAGACCACCGGGGAGUGUGCAGUUCCAAAAGACUCUCAUGGUCCUCAGCCCUCGCAGGGGGUCACUCCAGACAGGCCCCAGCCAGCCCACCGGACCAUGCCUAAUGGUCCCUCUCCUCCCCACGCAGACCCCUGUCCCACAGAGGCCGUGCCUACGAGUAAGAUCAACUGGCGGCCCCCACAGUCUCAGCUCCCCCCCUCUCACCAACUGCAGCUGUCGCCUGCACCCACUGUAAAGAAUGAAGCAGGUGUGCGGGCCCCUUGCCAGGCUCUUGCCAAAUCAUCCCCCAUUAAACCCAUGAGUGUUACCAAAAAGGAGCCUGGGAGCUGUGUGGACGGCUACCUGAGCGGAGGGGCCAUGGAGGGACUCCUCAACAUGGAGAUGACUUUUGCCAGGAUGGCAAAGAAGGAGCACGGCAAAGCUAGCUACUCGGCUGGCUCUCCCUCCCCCUCUGCCUCGGCCCUUCCCUUCCAGCUGUACGGGAAGCUCCCCAAGCACGGCUCCGUUGGGGGAGUGAGCUACACAGCCAACGUGUCGGUGUUGGACAACGGCGGUUUCUCCCGGAGCAUGGCGGACAGUGUGCUUCAGCUGCGCCCCCGCUUGGCCUCCAGCCAGACCACGCUCAGCAUCCAGGCCUUUACUGACAGUACGGCCGAGGAGGUGGCGCUCAAGUGCUCGUGCCGCCUCAAAGCCAUGAUCAUGUGCCAAGGCUGCGGUGCCUUCUGCCAUGACGAUUGCAUUGGGCCCUCCAAACUGUGUGUGUCCUGUCUGGUGGUCAGAUAGUAUGUUCAUCUGUGUACAGCAGGAGGACUGGGGGGGCUCCAGAGAGCAUACAGGAGGAGCCCAGCGGGCAAGAUUUGCCUUGUAUAAUAUAAUCAGUCUGUAUUUUUGUUGUUGCAGAUUUUCAGAUUUUUUUUUUAGCUGUACUUAUAUAUUAUUAUUAUUGUUGUUGUUGUUAUUGUUAUUAUUAUUAAUAUUAUUAUGUGAAUUUGGGGCAUGGUUAAUUGUAAAUUGUGCCUUUUUUUUUGGUUUCUUUCCUCAAAAACAUUUACCUCAUCUUAUCUUGCUCCACCUGUCAUCAUCAUGUGGUGGCCAUCAUUGUUUUGGUCCCUUGUUUCCUCGGCGAACAAGGACCUAUUGUUGUCUCUUUGCGCAAAGAAGUAUUUUUUUAACCAUUAAAAUGAUUCAAUGACAUUG